UAAAGAUAAAGGACAACACCCAAUUCUCCAAACCUUUCAAUCUAAUAUGAGGAUUAUUGAGCAAGUGAAUUGAGGUGGUUUUCUGACAAUUCAUACAGACUACAGAGGACAAAGAACAGGAAUAGAAAGUUUUCUAUACUCAAUUUUGAAACCUGCACACCUUAUUUGGAAUUUGGAACCUAAAGGCUUGGUCUCUUAUUAGGUAGUCUGUGCUCUCUUCUCUCUUAACUCUUGAGUCUUCACCAAAACACAGCACAAAUAAUGGGUUUGUUUUGUUUGUGGUGUAAUCCAAGGCCAAGGGAAACAAAACAACCUUCAACCACCCUACAAGAACUUUGUCAUCAAUUUUCUUUUGCUGAGAUACAAUCAGCAACAUGUAACUUCAAUGAGUCUUUGGUAAUUGCACAAGGUGGAAUUAGCAAUGUUUACAAAGGUUUUAUAAAGAAAAGUUCUACCCAAGUUGCCAUCAAACGCUGCAACAAGGAAUCUAUUAAUAGUCUCUUAGAGUUUAAGCAUGAGGCUGUUUUGCUUUGUCAGCUUCACCAUCCUAAUCUGAUUCCUCUAGUUGGAUUUUGCAUCGAAAGGAAUGAGCUCAUUCUUGUGUAUGAGUACAUGUCCAAUGGCUCCCUUUAUGAUCACAUUCAUGGUAGAAACUUUAAUCCACUUUCAUGGAAGAGGAGGCUUCAAAUUUGCAUUGGGGUGGCGCGUUCACUGCACCAUCUUCAAACUGGAGCCAAAUAUGUUAUCAUUCACCGCAAUGUUAAGACAAGUAACAUUCUUUUGGAUAGUAGUAUGGAGCCUAAAGUUUCUGGUUUAACAUUAUCCAAAAGGGGACCUCUUAGUAUCUCUAAGACAUUGACAAGGGUGGAGUCCAGGGUGAUGGGAACAUGGGGAUAUGCUGAUCCAGAAUAUAUGGCAACUGGUUUUUUGACUGAAAAAUCAGAUACAUAUUCAUUUGGAGUAGUUUUGUUAGAAGUUUUGAGUGCAAAGCUGGCACGAGACAUUCACAAGGAACACUUGGAAAACUGCAAUCAAUCACUCAAGUCAUAUGCAGAGGAAAUUGUUGAUCCUUUUCUUAAGUCAAAGAUUGCUCCAGAUUGUUGGAAAACAUUUCUUGACAUCACUGAGAGAUGUUUGCUCAAAGAGGGAAGGGAGAGGCCAGACAUGGGGGAAGUGGAACUCCAACUUGAACAUGCACUAAAAUCUCAAGAGGAAGCUGAUGCCAAGAUUUCAUACAAAGACAAAGACUUGCGUUUUAAGCUACCAAGCAUAUCAUGCAUUCAUAUGUUAGUCCAAGACCAAUAUUCAAUCUUGUUCCAAAACACAGCACAAAAAAUGGGUGUUCUUUCAGUUUUGUCUUGUUUCAUUAAACCAUCUUCUGAUUCUAAUCCAACACUCAUGUCAGCAAAACCACCUUCAUCCAUUGUAAAUGAACUUUGCCAUCAGUUUUCUCUUGCAGAGAUACAAGCAGCAAUAGCAAGAAAUCCCAACGAGUUUUCGAAACUAGGACAACCCCGUGGAUUAAAGAAUGUUUUCAAAGGUUAUCUGCAGAAUAGUAAUAUCCCAAUUGCCAUCAAGAGGUGCAGCAUUGGAUCAUUUUCACAGCAGCUGUUCUCAGAGUUCAAGAAUGAGAUUGUCUUGCUUUGUCAGCUGCACCAUCCUAAUCUCAUGCCUCUAACCGGAUUCUGUAUCGAAAAAAAUGAGUUGAUUAUCGUGUAUGAAUACAUGUCUAAUGGCUCCCUUUUUGAUCAUCUUCAUCAUAUAAACCAUGAUCCACUUUCAUGGAAGAGGAGGCUUCAAAUUUGCAUAGGUGUGGCUCGUGGACUUCACUAUCUUCACACUGGAGCCAAGCAUGUUAUCAUCCACCACCACAUUAAGACAAGUAACAUUCUUUUGGAUGAUAACUGGGAGCCUAAAGUUUCAGGUUUGUCACUGUCCAAAAGGGUUCCUCUUAGUAUCUCAAAGUCAUUGAUUAGAGUGGAGUCAGAUGUAAAAGGAACAUUUGGAUAUCUUGAUCCAGAAUAUGUAAGAACCGGAGUGCUUACUGAAAGAUCAGAUGUAUUUUCAUUCUGUGUAGUUUUGUUAGAGGUUGUGAGUACAAGAACAAUACAAAAGGAACGUUUGUAUAACCAGAUUCAUUCAAUGAAAUCAUAUGCAGAGGAAAUUGUUGAUCCAUUUCUCAAGUCAAAGAUUGAUCCAGAUUGUUGGAGAACUUUUGUUGACAUCACUGAGAGAUGUUUGGCUGAAGAUGGAAGGGAGAGGCCAGACAUGGGGGAAGUGGAGUUGGAGCUUGAACAUGCACUGCAAUUGCAAGAGGAAGCUGAUGCCAAGAUUAUUGUUGAUCCCUUCAAAGUCAAAUAA